AUGAAGUCCAUAGCAUUCCUCUUCGCACUCUCAACCCUCUUCCUCUCAACUACAAACGCACAAGUUCACCCACGCAUCCACCGCCGCUGCGCAUCCAACCACACCGUCUCAGCCACUGCCUCAGCGGGUCUACCACCAACAACGCUAUCCACAUCCUUUAUGCUCGCCUCAACACCAUCACCCCUACCAUCAACCCUCGCAACCUCCGUGUCCGCCUCGCCAUCUCCACCAGCGGCCUCCUCCGCUACAGCAUCCUCACCAGCCACGCCGUCCACCUCCGCAGGCGCAGGUACCGGAAGACAAGUUACGAUCAAUCCGGGCGAUACACUAGAGAAAAUUGCUGCGGCGAACGGAGCGGGGAUUUGCGAUAUUGUAAAGGCGAAUGGAAUUCAGGAUCCGAAUCUGAUUUUGACGGGAGACAUGUUGACGAUUCCUGUUGUGCGGGGGCAGAAGGAUGAUAAGAGUUGUUUGCCUUGA